AAAAUAAAAAAUCGAAUGGGUUAGCUUGGCACUUAGCGGUGAGCAAGUGACCGGCUGACAAAAACGUGACUGGAUUAAGUCCAAGUGGCGUUGGUUUUUCUACCAUUUAUAAUUUUCCAGGAGUAGCGAUAAGUCGCUCGCUCUAGUCUCUUCCUCUUCUUCUGUAUUCAUCGGAGCCAAAGCCAGCUAAUCCAGUGAGAAGGGCAAGUCUGCUGCUCCUUGGUUACUGUACUCUCCAUGAAAACAGGAAUCAGAAGAAGGACGAGUAGAGAACCCAUCUGUUGGAACCUCUUCAUUUCUCUCCUCCAACAUUAGAUGCCCGUUCCUGUAACCUGGUCACUCUGUUUCUUCUUUAGCAACUGAACUUCGGAGAGCUAUAUCUCAAUGAAUUCUGGAUUAAUGUACUCCGUCUCUUCUCCUUCCUCUUCUUCCUCAUCUACAGCUUCUGCUGCUUUGGCUCAUCGGAACUCCAGAUUCCCCAUGCUACUGCCACGGCCAAUUUCUGCAUCUCUAAAAUUGCAGUGUUCUUCUGCAUUCCAUGUGGAUGUUUCUCUUAAUUCCUAUCCCGCUAAAACUCAUGCUGUGUCGAGGUGUUCUUUGCGGUUGCCUGGAGAACAAUCUUUAUGCUCUCAGCAAGAUGAUAAAUGUGCUUGGCCCUUGAGAGCUUUGGUGACCUCAACGGCACAAGAUAUCCCCAUAACAUCUCUAAUUGGCAACGAGAAGGUGGGAGUUUUGUUGCUGAAUCUCGGAGGGCCAGAGACCCUUGAUGAUGUGCAGCCUUUCCUGUUCAACCUCUUUGCCGACCCUGACAUCAUUCGACUCCCAAGGUUGUUUCGUUUUCUGCAAAAGCCUCUGGCCCAGUUCAUAUCAGUUGUUAGGGCGCCCAAGAGCAAAGAAGGCUACGCUUCCAUUGGUGGUGGAUCUCCCCUGCGACAGAUAACUGAUGCCCAGGCAUGCUAUUUUAAUCUCUAUCUCAGUACCACACCCCACUCUUCCCCUACAGCAGAAGCAUUGAGGAAGUCUCUUUGGGAGAAGAAUGUUCCAGCAAAAGUUUAUGUUGGCAUGCGUUAUUGGCAUCCAUUCACUGAGGAAGCCAUUGAACAGAUAAAGAGAGAUGGCAUUACAAAACUUGUUGUGCUUCCAUUAUAUCCACAGUUUUCAAUAUCAACUAGUGGCUCCAGCCUGAGACUCUUGGAGAGUAUAUUCCGGGAAGAUGAAUAUCUAGUGAACAUGCAGCAUACAGUGAUACCGUCCUGGUAUCAGCGUGAAGGAUACAUUACUGCCAUGACCAAUCUAAUUGAGAAGGAAUUAUUGAAGUUUGACAAUCCUGAAAAGGUUGUUAUAUUUUUCAGUGCGCAUGGAGUGCCUAUAGCAUACGUUGAAGAGGCUGGUGAUCCGUACAAGGCAGAAAUGGAGGAAUGUGUGGAUUUGAUCAUGGAUGAAUUAGAGAAGAGACAGAUCACUAACCCAUAUACUCUUGCUUAUCAGAGCAGAGUUGGACCUGUGGAGUGGCUGAAACCUUACACUGACGAGACAAUCAUUGAUCUCGGGAGAAAAGGGGUCAAACGUCUUCUCGCUGUCCCAAUAAGCUUUGUAAGUGAACACAUUGAGACUCUUGAAGAAAUUGACGUAGAGUAUAAAGAGUUGGCUCUCGAGUCCGGGAUAGAAAAAUGGGGGCGUGUUCCGGCUCUGGGAUGCGAGCCAACCUUCAUUUCAGACUUGGCAGAUGCUGUGAUUGAGAGCCUUCCUUAUGUUGGAGCUAUGGCAGUCUCUAAUCUCGAAGCUCGACAGUCCUUAGUUCCACUGGGCAGUGUAGAAGAGUUAUUGGCAGCGUAUGAUUCGAAACGGAGGGAGCUACCACCACCGGUGACGGUGUGGGAAUGGGGUUGGACAAGAAGUGCAGAGACAUGGAACGGGAGAGCAGCUAUGUUGGCAGUUCUGGUUCUGCUGGUCUUGGAAGUCACCACAGGACAAGGGUUUCUGCAUCAGUGGGGCAUCUUACCUUUGGUUCGCUGAAAACCCCAUAGAGCACAGAUACGUCUUUAUCACUUGUGAAUUUUGUUCCUUUGGUGACUAACACUGCAAAUAUAUGCAGCACUAUUGAGCACCUUUGGUCUUAUCCUCGGUAGCUAAACUGGUAUAAUGGGACUUUUGGGCCAUAUUUUAUAUGUAAAUCGGAUUGUGAGGGCAAAAAGGUCCGAACGUUCUUUAUGAUAGGAUGUAUCAUUAUCAACCGCUAUUUUAUGUUUUCUUCGAACGAUAUAACCAGAGAUCUACAAAAAUAAAAGAGAUAACAUCUAUAUCCCAGUGUCAGAGUCAUAUUAGGUCUAAGGAGGUUGUAGCCUUUCAGAUGUUGAUAAAUUUACAUGUAAAACAAAUGUGUAAUAAGUGAUAAAUUUACAUAUUAAGUCUAAGGAGUAUCAUCCGGUAAUGCGAAUGGCUUGCACUUUAGUGAUCCAACCGGCAUUAGAUCGUUUAAAAACUGUUAGAGAACCGGUAUAUAAUAAACGUUAUCAGUAUAAAUA